AUGUUCAGAGUAUACUUGUUGCACGCGGUGGAGUUGGAUCGGCGGUUGGUCGAGGAGGGAAGAAAGGGGACAGAGACAAGAGUAGAAGUAGAAGAUUCUUCUUACGUUAACGUGGGACUUCGCGAGCUUUCCGCAAGCUGGUGAGCGCGUCUCGAUCAAUUAGCAUAUGCCACUUCCUAGCGGGAAUUUUGUUUCAUUGAUUGAAUAAAGGUAAUUAGAUGACAGUGUGCUAUUAUAGUGUAAUCCGGCGACCGUUCAUCUGAUAUCGUAUACUGACAAAAAACAGUCGGGUCUCGAGCCAAAACUUGACACUUCUUUUUUUUGUAUUAAAGCGGGAGACCGCCUUUCUAACCUAAAUUCUAAAUUCUGUCAUGGACAGAAUGCGGGGUAGGGUAAGGAGGGCGAUAACCAUGAAUCUCCUUCUCUUUUUGACAGCUAAAAAUACGGUUUUUUGAAGGAGCGACCGCAACAUCGAACACCUUGACUAUUUCGGAUACGAUACGUCGCGCAUGCAUCCUGGCUCGUUUACAUAGUUUUGUUUCAUAAAAUGCGCGCUUUUUCAUCUUUUACUUUAUUAUGUGUUUUUCUACUCUAUAAACUGCGAUUAGUUCUAUUUGUAUUAGUUGAUUAACAUUUCCAUAUCGAGUGGGAGCUAUCGAGUUGUUGUGCAUUCGUAAUUUUUUUACUUAACAUUUAAAUGAAAAUAGCUACUUCCUAUUUGAUGUAAUAUCUUAUUGCCUAUACUCUGAUGUAAUGAUUUUUUGAAUAGACCAUAAUGCUGUAUAAUAGUUUGAAUAUAAACAUUAUUUGGUAAUAAAGAAUAUACAACAUGUCACAUCAUUUUGUCACAGUUUGUGUAGUUUGUGUUUUAUGUGCUGCACACACUCCAUGUUCAGCACAUACUGAAUUCUCAACAGCGGGACAAACAACUCAUAAUUUUGUUAACUCUGAGAAGCAGCUAGGACCUAAUGAACAAUUACAACCAUCUUGGUUAUUAAUAAAAUCCAAAGAUACACAGCAGAGGAAUGUGAGAAAAUUAAAUUUAAAUAAUCUAGGUGCUUAUAACAAUGGUGCUGUUGAAUUUUCGAAUGUGUUAGAUAACAAUAGCAGAAGCAAAACUAUAUUAUUGGUACCAAUUGCCACAAAUGAAAUCUAUACUAAAAACAAAAACACAGAAAUUGUAAAAGUUAACGAAAAUGUUGAAAUCCCAAUAAUAGGGGAAGAUCCAAAAAGCUUAGAAGAUAUAGAAAUAUUAGAAAGGCUAGGCCAAAUUGAAAUUAUGCACAAUGAUGAAUUAAAUGCAGCACAAUUUAACGGAGAUCAAAAUCCUCUUAACAGAAUUAGGACAAAAAGAAAUGUAGAUAUUAUAGAUGAAAAAUAUUUCAUUAAAAAGAUUUUUGAAACUUAUGGAGAUGGUACAAGCAUAACAAUGGAAGGCUUUGAAAAAUUAUUAAAAAAGUUAGGACUGUUGAGAUUAUUAACAGAUAUAUCAAGCUUAGAAAAUCAUAAUACUGUUACUGGUCAAAAUGAAAAUUCACUGGACAAGUCAAAGAAUUUACAAAAUAAUGGCCUACCAGAACAUGAAAAUGGAGCUAAAAAGGAACGGUGCUUAAGUAGUAAAGAAUUAUUAAGUACUGUUGCAAGAGAUAUGCCAUACAAUUUGAUCACUAAUAAUAAUUCAACAUUACCAAGUUGGCUUUUUGAACGCGUGUGUCCAGCUCUUGUUUACCAACUAGCAGGUGAAUCAAGCUCAGAGAGAAAUGGAUGUAUUCGUGUACCAGAGAAUUAUAAACCAAUAAUUAAUAAAUAUCAUGGAGAAGACGUUGCUCGAAAUAUGAUGCAAGUGUGGGCCUAUUCAACAAUCAGUAUUCUAGUAAUCAGUCUCUGUGGUUUACUUGGUGUAGCUGUUAUACCUUUCAUGGGUAAAAUUUAUUAUCAUCAAUUAUUGCAAUUUUUAGUUGCACUUGCUGUAGGAACAUUGUGUGGUGAUGCUCUUAUUCAUCUUUUGCCACAUGCGAUGAUGUCACAUCAUAAUCACGAACAUAUUCAUAAUGACCAUGUUGAAUUAGAUUCUAAAGAGGAAGACAACAUGAAUAUGUGGAAAGGGCUAGUUGCAAUGAUGGGUCUUGCACUAUUCUUUUUUACGGAGAAAGCUUUAACUAUGUUAGCAGAAUGGAGGAAACUUCGACAACGUCGCAAUAAACUUCCAUCACGUGUUCGAGUAAUGAGAGAAACUGAUGGACCAAACAGCAAUGUUGUUGGAGAGAAACUUUGCAAACACAAAUAUUCGUCGUAUCCAUAUUGUUAUGGUGAAAUUAGCACGGAUCAAGGUAUAAUGCCACGAUUUAGUCAAGAUAAUCAUCAUAACCGUCAACAUAAUAACCAUGAGAGACCUCCUGUGAUUGAGGAGGAAAAACCAUUGACGUCUAACUGCAAUUCAGUUUCAAAAAUUAUGACGAAUGAUGUAGAGAAGAAACCAACCGAAGAUUGGAGAUUAGACGAUUCAAUUGUAAAUACUAAGAAAAACACGGAUGGUGCAGAUAUACCUUUAAAUGAAUCAGAAAGUUAUACUGUUAUUAUACGCGAACAUGAAAUGAAACAUCAUGGUCAUACUCAUUCACAUGGUCAUGUUCAUUCUGCACCUGAAUCUAUGUCUAGUGUUGCUUGGAUGGUAGUAAUGGGUGAUGGUUUGCAUAACUUCACAGAUGGUAUGGCUAUAGGCGCUGCUUUUUCAGCAAAUAUAGCGGGUGGCUUCUCCACAGCAAUAGCUGUAUUUUGUCACGAAUUACCUCAUGAAAUAGGAGAUUUUGCAGUUUUGUUAAAAGCUGGUAUGAGUGCUAAACAGGCUGUUUUUUAUAAUGUGUUAUCUUCCAUACUUUGUUUGUUUGGUAUGAUAUUUGGAGUAUUAUUAGGGAGCACUCCUGCUAUAAGUAGUUGGAUAUUUGCAGCUGCUGCAGGAAUGUUUAUAUAUAUAGCAUUAGUAGAUAUGAUUCCAGAAUUAUCUUCAAGUCACUCUGUGGAGCGUAGUUCUCAAUGGCAAUGUAUUUUACAAGCGUUAGGGCUAUCGUGUGGCCUUGGAAUAAUGUUAAUUAUAGCGCUCUAUGAACACGAUCUUAAAAAUAUAUUCAGUGAUUAAAUCUACAAAGACUGACAAGUUUUUUGAACAAUGGUAAGCUUGCAGUACUUCCUAGAAUUAUAUUUACAGUCAACAAUUAAGUCAAUAAAGCUUUGACUGCCCAUUCUUACCGAAACAAUA